AUGCCCUCAGACGACAGCAAUGCCUAUCAAUUUCGACCAAGGGUGCAGCACAAUAGGUUUUCCUUUGUGAUCCCGGACCCGAAUUUCAAGAUCCCGAAAUUUAUGUGCUGCAACGACUAUCAUUCGGGAGUUCCCACGGCGGUGAAUAUGACGGACACCUUUGACACGUACGCCUUCGACCGAGCCGUUUCUGCUGGUAAUUUGUCGGUUCGGAAGCACGGAGACGAGACUCGAAACAACUUCUAUGAUAACUAUCGAACGGGAGAUGAUACGUAUAAAAAUGCGGUCGAGAUUACAUCGACGGGGCUUGGCUUGGCGGAUGAUCCUUCCUAUCAUAGCUAUUCUUACGAUGAUAUGCUUGAAAAGAGCGAGCCAGAAGAAAUCUCGAUUCAAAGUCUGCGCAAACGCGCACGACAAGAUCAUGCCGUUCUCCACGACCCUAUGGAUGAGAGUUUCAAUAUGGACUUUCGGGGUCCGCAUCAUGACGACGAGCCGAUGGACCAGACGCCUUCAUUCCUAAAACCAAACAAUCCGGCGCCCAACGACGGCUAUGAUAGCUUUGACGAUGAACCGAUGCAACAAGCUAUUUUCGACAGUUUUGACAACGAACCAGCCCCGGAAGCACUUUUCGACGACUUUGAUGAUGACGUUGGGGCUGCUGAUCCGGGCUACGAUAGCUUCGACGACAUGCCGAGUACCUCGAACGUCGCUCAAAAUCAACAGCCUGAUGUGAUCAUAACGCAACAAGGGGACCGUCAAAGGAAGGACAUGCACGGCCAAUUCCGAGGUUUCUUGAAGGACGAUAGCGAUGCUUUCGAGGAUGAAGGGGCGAUUCUCGGGGUCGAUAUGAAACAGCGGCUCUACGCCACUCUAAAGGAUAAAUUUGGCUUCAACUCAUUCCGGCAUCGCCAGAAGCACGCGAUCGCGGCGAUUCUCUCAAACCAUGACGUGUUUGUUCUGAUGCCAACUGGAGCCGGAAAGAGUUUAUGCUAUCAGCUACCAGCAAUUCUAUCGCCUGGCGUCACCGUUGUCAUUUCUCCGCUGCGGUCGCUUAUCGAGGACCAACGGGUCAAGAUGCGAGAGCUCGAUAUCACAUGUGAGGCUCUUACAGCCGACUUGAGCGAAGCACAGGCAAAUCAAAUCUACGAUCGAUUGUCGAUGGAUCCGCCGGAUAUAAAGUUGCUCUAUGUAACGCCGGAAAAGAUUGCUGCUUCGGCAAAACUUUUGUCGCGGUUCGCAGCCCUGCAUCGCCGAGGAUACCUGUCGCGCUUCGUGAUCGACGAGGCUCAUUGUGUCUCUCAGUGGGGCCACGACUUCCGUCCCGAUUACACGAAGCUCACCUCGCUACGUGACAACUACAAAAAUCCGGAUGUGCCGAUCGUCGCUCUGACCGCAACGGCCACCCCAAAGACAGUCACUGACACGAAGGAUCAUCUCGGUAUUCCGAAUGCCAAAUUCUUCAUCAGCAGUUUUGUGCGUACCAAUCUGAAGUACGACUUGGUGCCCAAAUCGGCAAAGACUGCUGUGAAGAUGGUGGAAAAGAUGAAGCAACUGUAUCCUGGGAAAGCCGGCAUCAUUUAUUGUCUUUCGAGAGCGGAAUGUGACAAAGUCGCCAUAAUGUUACGGAAGAGCGGUUUCUCGGCCGAUGUCUAUCACGCUGGUCUGACCGAUAAGAAGCGCGUCGAGGUACAACACAAAUGGAUCGGAAAUAAAUUUGACGUGAUUUGCGCCACAAUCGCUUUCGGAAUGGGGAUUGACAAGGCAGACGUCCGCUUCGUCAUCCAUUACAGUUUGCCAAAAUCGAUUGAGGGGUAUUAUCAGGAAACGGGGCGGGCUGGUCGUGAUGGACUGCCAAGUUAUUGUUGCCUACUCUACUCGUACCAAGACUCGAUCAGGCUACGUCGAAUGGUCGAAGGCGAAGACUCAAGGUCGGGCGUUCGAAACAUGCACCUACAAAGCAUCAUCCAGAUGUUGCAAUAUGCAGAAGCGGUGACGACCUGCCGGCGUAAGAUGCUGGUCGAGCAUUUCGGAGAGGUAUUUGACGCGGCUACGUGCGCGACGUCGACCACGCCGUGUGAUGUCUGCGAGAGGCUGUGCAAGAAUCCGAAUUUGUACAAGAUGUACGACCUGUCCGAUGAGGCCGUCUAUGUUUUGGAAGCGAUCAGCAAAUCGCGGACGAUAACGCUGACCCAACUUGCGCAAGCUUACCGUGGCAACCUGAAGACGCAAAAAGGCCCGAAUUUCCUCAACAAUCAUGCCCUAUUUGGACGCGGCAAAUCAAUGUCGGAAAUCGAUGCUCUACGCUUUAUGCAUGCGCUGGUGUUUGAGGGUUAUAUCCACGAGCGCCUUUUUGUCAAUAAGAUGGAGGCGGUCAUUGGAUAUGCCGAAUUGACGCCAAAAGGACGUGCAGUAGCUGACCAUCGAGCCAAAGCAAAGCUCUAUCUGCAUAUCGCCGAGGAAGUCAAAAGCCGAAAAAGUGUCGCCGCCCAAAAUGAUGUCGUGUCGAUCAACAUGGUCGUGGUCAGUGAGGCAGAAGUGCUGAAAGAAAGAUACCGCAUCAAACACAAAGACAUUUUCGAGCGCUGCCUGAGCGGCGUUAGGGCAAAGAUCGAAGAGCUGGCCACCGAGUUUGGCUUCAAUAGUGCGGCUACAAUUAUUUCGCGCGACGGAUUGGAACAGUUGGCAGCUGUAAUGCCUCGGACGAAUACGGAUCUACUCAAAAUCGACUCCAUGACCAAUAUGAAAGUCAGUCGUUUUGGGGGCCGCAUCAUGGAGAUACUGAAGCCGUUUUGGGAUGAAGUGGAUGCGCGUGAGGAAAACGAGAUGCGAGCCCAGCUGACAAAUAUGAAGAACAGUAACAUCGUUUUGGGUGGCUUCUCAUCACCGCCGAGACCGACGCAGUCUGACGUCCCGUCCUCAUCGCGGCCAGCUUUCCGUGGCCGGUACACGUCGAGGGGCAGAGGCGGCAAAAAGCGUACACCCCAUCAAACGAGAGGCAGCCAAAGUUCCGGUGGUGCCCGCAGAGGAGGAAAAUCUUCAACAGCUCGUCGCGGCGGCCUCAACCCGAAAAUGUUCCCCGUG